AUGGAGGGAAAAUACAUCCACCGCGGCGUCGACGCGACGGUGGCGCGGACGCGGGCGCGCGCGCGCGACGGGGUGGGAUCGCGAUCGCGCGUCGGGAUCGGGACGAUGGGCGGGAUGAUGUCGCGGACGAUCGUGGUGACGCUGGUGCUCGUGCUGUGCGGUGGAGGCGUCGCGCGAGGGGCGGGAACGGUGGAGACGUGUAAGAGUAAACGCGCGCACGAGGCGUUCGCGCGUGAGGGGUCGGCGCCGGGGAGAGGGAAAGGGAUGACGUUUUGCGACGCGCAUCGAGCGAAGACGUGCUGCGGACGAGCGCAGACGGACGCGGUGCGGGCGAAAGUGGUGCACAUGCAGUUGAAUGGAUUCUCGGAGACGUGCCGAGAUGCAUGGGCCGCGGUGGAGUGCAGUGUGUGCGAUGGAAGGGUGGGGACGGCGGAUGGGACGCCGAUUUGCGCCUCGGCGUGCGACGCCUUGUACGGAGCGUGUCGGAACGAUUUUUUCUCCGAGGACGGCGCGCAGAGGUUGGUGCCGUGUAGACCCGGGGACGUUAUUUGCACUAAACUCAGUGAGUGGAUCGGGGACGUGAAGGAUAAGGGGGCGGAGAUGUGCUCGGCGGCGGGGUGGGACCCAGUGAAACCGGGAGAGCGAUGGUGCUUUGACGGCGCGGCGGUCGCGUCGGAUCCCUGGCGGUCGAGCGAUCGUUCGCGUUCGCGCGGCGACUCCAAGAGGAAUGAUGCUAGGAGUAGACCUGCGAAGAAGACCAAGACCAAGGCCAAGCGCUUUUCUCUGAAAUCGAAUAAGGAGAGCUCGGCGAGACGAGCCGCGAUAUUGGCCGGCGGCGGCGCGGGAUUGGCGUACGUCCUCAUCAACCGCGUCAUCCCCCUCGCGCUUCGAAGAUGGCACAGGAAAAAAUCCGUCAACUCCAGGUACGCCGCUCGCCACGCCGCCGAGCGCAGAUCUCGCGCGCAUUAUUUGUGA